AUGCCUCUUCUCGUGGUCGUGGGCUUGUCCCGGGACAAGUGUCGCAAGGCGGCUGAGCUCUCGAAGCUCCAACCGGAUGCAAGCCUGUUGGCUCCAGGACGAAAAGUCUCGCUCGUCAUGCCACCUGCAGAUAUGGAAGCCCGCGAGGUUCUGUGCGUGUUGCAACAAGUUGGAUUCACCUUGUUGGGCCUGACAGCUCACAGUGGUGGGGGCGGUGCCAAGCCUAUCUGGCACUUGAGACUGGCGCAUCCGGGCGUGGCCUUUGUCUUCGGUCGGGAGCAUGAUGGUAUCCCUGCAGAUGCGGAGAUGUUGCUGGAUCAGGCGGCUACUAUCCCCAUGGUCGUUGAUGGCGAGAAGGGCAGCCUCAACGUGUCCCAUGCGGCGGCGCUCGUCUUGUACGAGCGGUUCUCCGCUGAAGAAAGCGAAAACAGGAAAGGCUGCCGUGUGGGAAUGGAAGGCUGGUUCUUUGUACACGGAUGUUGGCGACCGCACGUGCGGUGUCCGGGUGGCCACAUGCUGGAGGAGAAGAUAACUGGGUCUGGCUUCAUGGGCUUAUGGGUCAAGGAGUGCCGCCGCUGCCAGCAGGCGCUCUCUCGCGGAAUGACGCGUCACAGUUGUAAAAGGUGCGGAUACCACCUUUGUCAGACCUGCUGUUCGAUGCGGUCGCAAGAGAUGCUUGAGGAGGAGAUCACCUUGUCCAUCUACAGGCCCCCGCAAGGUCUAAUUCCAGGAUUUCAAGUCCAGGAGGACGUGUUGCAGGUUCGGAUCAAGACCGGAUCCACUGUCCGCGCCCUCAAGGAAAAGAUUGCCGAAUUAUACGGCCUAUCACUGACUAUGCAGGUGAUCAAGCGCGAUAUAGAUGCGAGGAGCUUGCGGGAUGAGGAACACGUUGAAUGUGAUGAUGGAGAUGUUCUUUACCUAGGAAAUCCUUUUGAUGCAGCCUUCCCUGUGAACAGCGGAGAAGGCGGCUUGAGCACACUGAUAUCCGAAGCAAUGUCUGGACUUCAGGCAGCCACCGGCUUGCUGGCCGACGCUGACCGUCAGUUGCAGGAGUGGGCCCUGAAGGAAGUCACUCUGAAUGUCGUCCUUCCUGGCCAUGAACAGGCUGGCAGUAUUUCCGAGCGGCGAUGCAAGAUGGUCGUCGUGGCAUCUGCAAGGAUGUCGGAAGUGAAGGAGAUGGCGAUGGUGGAGCUGGAUGCUAUCGGGCAGGAGCUCACGCUGGAGUUUGGAGGUGAAGCAGUGCCAGCCAUGGCAACUGUCCAGAUGCUGAAUCUGGCCGAUGGAGACACCCUGUUGGAGCAUCUAUAUGCCACCGUCGGGGCGAAGGGCAAGGUGGUCACCACCGACUUCUCCUUUAACAAAGAGUACCAAACAAAAUACGAGCUCAACUUCGCCAAGAUGACGCAGACAAACACAGAAAGCAAAAAGUCACGCACUGUUCGAAGAACAGGUGGCGAAGCUGCUGUGGUGAAGAAAGCCGUGUGGGAGUGGUGGUCAGAUGAGGAUGAGUGGGAGCCUUUCCAAGAUGUUGAUGCCCAGCUCUUAGAGAAGGCCUACGUUGCGGGAGAGACACCCUUCUCGACCAAAAAACUCAGCUGGAACGAAGGAUACGACAGCUUGUACAUCUUCGACUUUACCGUCAUGACGCAGGUAAACUGCGACAGCAAGACGUCCAGAAAGAUACAGCGCACAGCUGCUGGAGGAUCCAAGCUCUUUGGCCACAAGGAUGGUGAAGACGAUGGUUAUGCCGGGGCUGUUGGGUUUAUGUCGGACAAGCUUGGCGAUAGCAAAGUCAUGUUUGCUGGCAAGUUUGAGCCAAGUUUGGCGCCUGCAUUUGUAGCUACACAAAAAAAGAUGGGAGCACAAUCGCUCCGCAAGCAGAAGAAGGACUACGGGCCCAUUGUUUCCAAAGAUGAACAUGGGAGGAAGUGCUUCGACGAGAUGCUGCACAAUGAGAAGGAGUUCUGCGGCGAAUGGGUCGUCUUCUACCACAGCUACUCCAGCGCUGCGCUGCUCUACGAGGUUCAAGCCGCAGUCGCAUCUGUCCUGUUCCGAUUUAAAGCCGAGUUUGCUUCUCUUCCUCGACUACUUUGUGCUCCAUUUCACCAUAUCCCGACUGCCAAGAGAAUGCUGGAAGAGUUCCCUAAGUGGAAGGACCAGGACCACAACCAGGCAUUUAGAUUGGUCGGUUUAUGUGGAACAUCCUCGCUUCUGGCACAUGACUCGGAAGCACCAGCAAAGUCGGUCUUCCUGGCUGGAUACAGCGUCGGGCCUCUCAAGGGGGUGCUGGAAAAGCUGCUGACGGGCUGUGGCGUUCCAUCGGGGAAGGUCAAGAAGCUCGCUGCAGACAUCAUCGCGCUUGCAGUGAAGUCUGGCCUGGACUGCAGCGGCAUACCUGGCGGCAAGAAGUGCAAGUCGGGACGCUCGGGUCACAUGUUGCAGAUUUUUCUGAGGAGAGAGCUUUGCGAUGAGUAUGUCUAUCCUUCAUUUCCUUUUGGAGUGCCGGACAAGAAGCGGAUGAAGCCCUCCUUAAGCAAGUACCUGGCUGAGGAUGUUGCGAUAGAAGGGCAAGUUCGCAUCACGUUGAAUCCCGAUGUGUUCUUGAGAGCAACCACGGCGAGAAUGUUCACCUUCUCGGCUGAUCCAACCUUCCACAAGAAUCGCCCAGACUUUCAAGAGGAGCUGAAGUCACUUUUGGAGCCGAUCCUCGGGACAGAAGCAGUCCGCAAAAAAGCAGCUAAGGGCAUCUUCGGAGGUGAUCCACCGGAGUGGUGGUCUGCAGAGGACCAGAGUGACAUGGCCAAAAUGUCAAAGGGCCGAUAUGCGUCCUCCUCAUUAGACUAG